UGUCAUCCUCACUCAACUGAACUCACAUUUGUCAACAUGUCCUACAACUGCUGCUCCAGAAACUUCUCCUCCUGCUCCCUCGGGAGCUACCUGCGCUACCCAGGCUCCUCCUGUGGCUCUUCCUACCCCAGCAGCCUGGUCUACAGCACCAACCUCUGCUCUCCCAGACCCUGCCAGCUGGGCUCCUCUGUCUACAGGGGCUGUCAGACGACCCGCUGUGAGCCUGCCAGGUGCCAGACGUGCCGUGUGGUGUCCAGCCCCUGCCAGGUGUCCUGCUACCGCCCGAGGACCUCCACACUCUGCAGUCCCUCCCUGUCAACUUAUUCUGGAUCUGUGGGCUGUGGGUCCAAUAGAGGCUACUCCCUCGGCUGUGGAUCUAGAAGCUUCUGCUCCCUGGGCUGUGGAACCAGUGGCUUCAAACCUCUGGGUUAUGGAGUCUGUGGCUUCCCUUCCCUGAGAUAUGGGUCUAGAUUCUGCUGCCCAACCUACUUGGCUUCUAAGACCUUCCAGUCUUCUUGUUACAGGCCAACCUAUAGAUCAGCCUUCUGUAGGUCAACUUGUUGAGUUUCCACUUUUUGAGUAAAAUGUUUCAGUCUUUACUCAGAGUUGCUGUUGUAGGAUUUUUUCGGUAAUAUUAGCUAACCCUGCUUAUCACCAACUCUUUGCCUUCUGGCAUCAAACACUGGCUGACAGACUAGUUAUUUCAGAAGUGAAAUUAAUGCAUGACAAAAAUAUUGAGGUCAGUAUUUGUAAUUUGGAAGCAAUUGAUUCAGAAUUUAUAAUUCUUCUUACAAAAUGUGCUGAAAUUCAGUUUUGUUUGUCCUAAUAAACUCAUUCACUCUUGCAUCUGA